AUGCAGUAUAUUCAUAUUUCAGGCCUUGUGUUUGUUGGUACUGGCGUCGAUGAGAAGUUGUACACCAAAAGUUAUUCUGACAAAAAGUGGGACGGUCCUUUUGAUACUACAUGCUGUAUGGUAAGAAUCGCAUUCAUGCAAGACGGUAGCUUACUUGGAGUCGGUGAAGACCAACUACUAUAUACCAAAACGUCAUUUGAUUCUGGCAGCUGGGAGGUUGUUGAGGACAGUUGUUGCAUUCAGGACGUGACUGUGAAGCACGACGGUACAAUCAUCGGCAUAUCGAACGAACCGAAACUGAUGAGUCGCACCGAUCUUUCCCGCCAAUGGACAACCAUCCUUAAAUUCAAUGAUGCUAUCCGUAUUGAUGUAUUACCAGACGACAAUCUGUUAGGUGUUACUGCAGACGGCGAACUCAAACGCCGAGAGGGUGGUAUUUUUGGUAAUUGGGUAUGGGAGAAAACCGUUGGUAUGAAGGCCGAAGACAUCUCGAUUCAACCUGAUGGCACCGUGUUAGGCAUUGAAAAAGGCGGAUGCGGUGUUCACGUCCUUGACUUAGAAACUGGUGUAUGGGGUGAGGAAUUACCUGAAUCUCAAUGUGUAACAGCUAUUGCGUCACCUGGCAAUUUGAUAUUCCCUGUGCUCAUGGAAAACACUGUAACAGACGCACCACCGAACGUGUCAUUUAGAAGUGAUCUGCGCUGUGGAGCAGGGUAUGUAGCCCCGAACGGUGCUGAUCCAGCUGAAUAUUGUCUGUUGUUUAAUGGUCUAUAUAUGGUGGCCAUUUUGUUAUCUAUGUCUAAGAAGACCAUGUUAGAACAUUUAACCUUAGAAUAUUUAACCAUCUUUUUUCGUUAA